UUUUUUGGUUUUUUUCCUGGUCCUCUUCUAGCGUGAGUGCGCCUGCGCUGCCCAAAACGCGAGCCGCCGCUGUCUCUUUGCCAGCCCCCGCCUGACGUUUCCAUGGCGCACGCGCAAUAAGCUGCCAGAGCGUGAGCCCUUGAAACACAGCAAAGAAGCGAAAUCCAUUGAGAAUACUCUCUAAGUGUCCUGGACUGUUACUCCUUGAAACGAAUAAGGAGCAGAAAAUUUUCUCUCUCAAGACUUUCUAGUGCUAGAAGAGGCCCUGAGGCAGGACAAGCAAAAAAAGGUCCAGGCGCCUAAAAGGGCAUUAAGAUGUCGUUCCGUUUUGGGCAGCACCUUAUCAAACCCUCUGUUGUGUUUCUGAAGACGGAACUCUCCUUUGCACUUGUGAACCGGAAGCCUGUGGUUCCGGGUCAUGUUCUCAUUUGCCCACUCCGCCCUGUGGAACGAUUCCGCGAUCUGCGCCCUGAAGAAGUGGCUGAUUUAUUUCGCACAACGCAGUUGGUUGGAAAUGUAGUGGAGCAACAUUUUGGUGGGACUUCACUCACCAUUUCCGUUCAGGACGGUCCUGAAGCUGGACAGACUGUGAAGCAUGUCCAUGUUCACGUACUUCCAAGGAAGGCUGGAGACUUCAGCAGAAAUGAUGACAUCUAUCAUGAGCUCCAGCAUCACGAUAAAGAGGCGGAGGAUUCCCCCAGCAAGUGGAGAUCUGACGAUGAAAUGGCCGUGGAAGCAGCAAGCCUCGAGAAGUAUUUUAAGUGAAAACAUGAGGCAACAAAGCACCUUUGGCGAAGUCUGGCUGGGGCAGAAGACAAUGGAGGAAACCAGAGGCCCUCCCUGCAAACCACCAAUCUUUCCUGGACCUAAAGCUCAAGAGAUGUCAAUAUAUUCUGCAGAGAUGCUGGAUUCUUCCACAGGAUGCUUUAUGAACCUCACCAAAGGGUUGUUUCGGCAAAGAUGCUUGAUAGUUUGCAUAUCGCACAGAAUGUAUUGAAGCUGUUGCUUUAAUUUUCUAUGAAAAUAAAAACAAAUAAAGCAUUAAUAAAAUAAA